UAAGUUUAAUAAUACUAACAAAUCAAUAAUCGAUGAUAGUGUGGUUUUAGCGACGGGGCUAGCCCUUAAUAACAGGAGAGGGUGAUGGCUGUAAUAUGAAGAGAAGAAAAGAAAAGGUGUUGUUGUGGAGUAGGAAUUUGAAAGAAUCGAAUUCGAAGGAAUAGAGGUGAUAGGGUUUGUGAUUCCGAUAUAGCGAUGAGUGAGAGUAACGGGAACAGCAGGAGGCGAAAUGUUGAAGAUCAAGAUCUGGGACUGUACUUCUUGGAGGCGUGCAGGGGUAGGGAGAUGAAAGAGAAAGAGGAAGAGGAAGAAGAAGAAGAGGAGGAGGAGGCACCCAGGGAGCUCAACACCAUUAACAGCUCUGGUGGUUUCGUGGUGGUGUCCACGGACAAGUUGUCGGUAAAGUACACCAGCGUCAACCUUCACGGCCACGACGUCGGUGUCAUUCAGGCCAACAAGCCUGCUCCUACCAAGCGCCUCAUGUAUUAUUUCGAGAUUCAUGUCAAGGAUGCCGGCGUUAAGGGCCAGAUAGCAAUUGGAUUCACCUGCGAGACCUUCAAGAUGCGAAGACAACCAGGGUGGGAGGCCAAUAGCUGCGGCUAUCACGGCGAUGAUGGUCUGCUCUACCGUGGACAUUGCAAGGGGGAGGCGUUUGGCCCAACCUAUACUUCCGGAGACGUAGUUGGUGCCGGAAUUAACUAUGCUGCACAGGAAUUUUUUUUCACUAAAAAUGGCCAAGUUGUUGGCUCUGUUUACAAAGACAUGAAAGGCCCCCUUUUUCCAACCAUUGCUGUUCACAGUCAAAACGAAGAGGUGCAUGUCAACUUUGGGCAGAAACCAUUUACUUUUGACCUAAAGGAAUUUGAAGCACAAGAAAGAAUGAAGCAGCAACUGAAAAUAGAAGAAAUUUCUGUGCCACCAAAUGUCAGUUAUGGCAGAAUUGUCCGCUCCUACCUGCUACACUAUGGCUAUGAAGAUACAUUGAAUUCAUUUGAUGUGGCUAGUAAAAGUACUGUUCCUCCUAUAUACAUAGCUCAAGAAAGUGGAAUUGAUGAGCAGGAAAUAACAUAUGCCUUAAAUCACAGGAAGACUUUACGACAGCUAAUCAGGAAUGGGGACAUUGAUGUUGCAUUUGGUAAAUUGCGUGAAUGGUAUCCACAGAUUGUUGAGGACAAUAUAUCAGCUACAUGCUUUCUGCUUCAUUGUCAAAAGUUUAUCGAAUUAGUUCGGGUUGGAGCACUUGAAGAGGCUGUCAAAUAUGGAAGAAUAGAAUUGUCAAGUUUUUAUGACUUGCCUGUCUUUAAGGAUUUAGUUCAGGACUGUGUUGCUUUGCUGGCAUAUGAACGGCCUCUGGAAUCCUCCGUAGGUUAUCUUCUAAAAGACUCGCAGCGUGAAGUUGUAGCUGACACAGUAAAUGCCAUGAUAUUGUCCACAAAUCCUAAUAUGAAAGAUUCAAAACAUUGCUUGCACUCCUAUCUUGAGAGGUUACUUAGACAGCUUACUGCUUGCUGCUUAGAGAGGCGAUCCCUGAAUGGAGAGCAGGGAGAAGCUUUCCAACUUCAGAGAGUGCUUAGCAGUAGUAGAAGAGGCUAGUGCUAGGUGAUAUGUCUAUUGAUCUUCUUACGCCGCUGUUUAUAUUGCCCCAGGAUUUGUAACAUUGCCAAGUGCAAAAUUGAUCUUAGCGUCUCGUAUAUACUGUAGAGUCCCCGUAUAUUUACUUGAUGCAUGCUUAUUCAUUUCUUUGUCAAGAAGGGGGAGAGGGUGUCUCUACAUUCAAGUUUGUAACCUCGUCAUCAUUAAAACAAUGGAAAUGAAAAAAUGAACCAAGCAAUAGUGUAAAUGACUUUGUGCCGUUAGCCUGUCCUGAAUUUGAUUAUUGUGAAUUUGUGAUUCAAUGAAAUAAUGUGGAAAUGAUAGUUACAUCUA